UGUAACAGUCCCAUUCAUCUUACAUGGCAUCCUCUGCGACAUCCUCAAAACCCCCGCGAAUCUUCGGGCCAGGUGCUCGACCCCGGUCAGAUUUCGACGCGGGUAUCAAUUCAUCGGCUGCCUGGACUGAGCAUCUUGAGCAAUCCGGUUCGCUCUCAGACGAGGAGCCAGACGAGCCGGAUGCCGAUGUACAAGACGAAGACGCCGAGCCGCUCAAAUCUGCACGGGCGUUGUAUGAUUUCGAAGGAAAGGCGGAGUUUCGAGAGCUCAGUGUCGAGGCAGGGGAGACGCUCGAUGUCGUCAGAGAAGAUCUGGCCGACGGAUGGAGUCUCGUGCGGAAUGUCGCUGGAGAGGUCGGGCUGCUCCCGAGAUCGUACUACACCUUCACUUCCGACUUCAUGGCCACACCGCAAGUUGCUGCCUCGGGCUUCGUGCACGGCACCGGAGGCGGGCUCGGAAGCGGGCACAAGCGUGAUGCCUCUAACAGGACGAUCACGUCCCGGACGAUGGCCGAAAGCCCGGCGAUAGUGCCCCAGCACACAGGCGAAUGGCGCGCCGCGUUCCCGAACUUCCGGCAGAGUCUGCUUGGGGGCAAGAGCCUGAACCGGUUCUCGACGUUCGUGACGAGCGGGGCGGAGGAGUGGGUCCUGAAGGGAAGCAGUGUGCCCGACAUGGUGGCGCCUGCAGCCCACCAGAAGACGGACAGCAAUGACUCGGAUCUGGGAGACGAGGAGGAUGAAGAGCGGAAUCGUCUCAAUCUCCUUGGUCUAGGGGAGGCAGACCGGCACUUUGUAGACGUUGGACACGCGUGGAAAGCGAAACUGCCUCCGUUUCGGGUGCUCGUACAUUCACCUUCGAAGCGCACCUCGACUCUGUCAGGCUCGUUCACGAUCUACAAUGUUACGUCCCUCUUCCGUACUGCUCCAGCCGAUGGUGACCACGACGAACCGCCGGCGUCGCCAACGCGGAUCACGGUACAUCGCCGAUUCUCUCACUUCGUGAUCCUGCAUACGGCCUUGACAAGACGGUUGCCCGGCAUCGCACUUCCUCCGCUGCCCGAGAAGCAGUAUGCUGGGCGCUUCAGUGAGGAAUUCGUUGAGGCGCGCAGGGCAGAUCUCGAGCGAUACAUCUGCCGGCUAGUGCGACACCCAGUUGCGCGGUACGCGGAAGUCGUCACCUUCUUCCUUGGUUGUGAAAGCGAUACGGAGUGGAAACGACUGGUCCCACAGCACCUGGCCAUGCCAGCCGCGGGCCCGACAUUCUACGCUCGGGUGUUCCAUCCUGAAUUCAAUGUUGAUGCCGACGAAGCAUCGGAGGCGGUGGACCGCUUCGAUACCCACACACGAGCGGUGGGGAAAGGCGUGCAGGGCCUGCGGAACAUCUUUGGUCGUGUUCGGGAGGCUCGCAUCGAGAUGUCUCAAGCGGAACGACUUCUUUCGUACUCUCUUUUCUCCCUUAUCACAUCAAAGCCUCUUGCAUCAGCACCGACUACGGGCACAAGCGAGGAGGAGGAGGACUACAAUACUAAAAGCAAGGGACUGCUGAACGAGGAAGGGGCGUGGUGCUGGAGGGAAGGAUGCACAGACUGCCUGAGGCUCACCAAGGCAAUGCAAAAGACAUCGGAGGCUCUGCAGAAUGUGGCAGACUUGUAUGACGACCAUGCGAGAAGAACGCAACUUGCAACGCACGAAGCCCUCAAAGGAGUGGCGCAUCCCUCCUCCUUGUAUCAGGCAAGUCUUGUGUAGAAUUUUGAUGACUGCCAGCCAACGUUCCUCAGGGAGUUGUGACCACUCAUCGCUCCACUCUCUCUCGAUACUCUGAGGCCCAAGAAACCGGCGGGGACGCGGAAAUGGUUGCUCGCUGCGAAACGGUGCUGAACACCACCAUGGCCGAAAUGGAGACAUAUCAUGCGCAGAAGAACGACGAUUUCUCGGAUCUGGCCAAGGAGCAUCUCGACGGAGAGAUCGCUUUCUAUGAGCAGGUCCUGUCUCGCCUGCGUGUCGCCCGUCGCGGGUUUGACGAACCGCAGUUCUCAGAGCUGGGUUCAGAGCCGAGGCAGCCUUCGAUCUACGAGAGAGAGUUGGAGCAUCCUCGGCUGACCGCGGCGCCCUUGCUGCAGCCGGCCCCUCACGUGUUCGAUGCUGCUCCGAUGCGGCCAGUCAGUGUUGCCAUUCAAGAGGGUGUUGGUAUGUUGCUCAGUCCGGCGGCACGAGGGAGUGUCUUUGGCAAGUUUUGGUAGGGUGAACAUAUCAUUAUGUAUCGUCGGAUUCAAGCGCUACACUGUACUAAUUACCACAUUAUCUAUCAGCAUGAAC